CUACAACAACCUCCACAAGACCAGCAAUGGACUCUAAGGUAUUCAUCUUCCUCGGUUUGGUAGCGAUGGCUGGGGCUGACCGACGCCCCUCUUACUCCUACAGUGACCCUGAGUCCUCAGAAGACUCACUUGAGGAGCCCACCAAGUAUGGCUACAACUGGAACGUGAAGGAUGGCUACUCAGGCAACGACUUCACUCAUCAAGAGGACCGUGAGGACGACAACACCAAGGGGUCGUACUCGGUGCAGCUUCCCGAUGGUCGUCUGCAGACUGUGACUUACUACGUGGACGGUGACUCAGGCUUCGUGGCCGAGGUCAAGUACGAGGGUGAGGCUCAGUACCCCGAGUCUGAGGAGUCUAAGGAGUACACACCCACCAAACCCCGGUACUUCACUCCCGAUUCCGAGGAGUCUGUGGAAGUCCCAGUGUACACUCAACCCAGGAAGUCAUACGGUCGCCACCAGUGACUCGAGUACGCGGGCUGCUUCCAUCCUGGUAUACCCGUCGAAGGUGUUGGUGUUGUGAUGUGUUAAUGUGCUUCACUAGCUGGGGUCCUAAAGCGCGUACCCAAAGUUACUGAACAUUAUACAUAAGACAUCAGUUACAACUACACAAGAGAGACAAGCCUCCCUCGUCACUACAGAGGCCCCCAGACCAUCACUCCAGCAGCCAUCAGGACGUAAUGAUUAUCGUGAAUGCAUUAUUUUACUGUUGCCAAAAUCUGACGAUACCUCUGCACGACGGUGGCCUCAGUACCUCCUCUUAACCUAUGCUUCAAACCUUAAAUAAGCCUUUUCUUCUCGUGUUAGAUAGUUCCCGGCUGUAAUACUUUACAGUCUGUAAUUAAUAUUUAUUAAAUUAAUUGUAGUUCGAAU